AUGCUGUGCGUGUCACUCUGCAGACCUGUUAUCCAGCACCCGGUACCCGGAUGUCACCUGCAACUAAGAGAAUCAUAUGAAGACUAUGAAUAUUUUCAAGACGGAGACAUCGUAAUUGGAGGAGUGUUCACCGUCAACCAGUUCAUGGUAGAAAUUCCACGAAACAAGAUAGCCAGACUUAUGAUGUGUAUAAAACCUUUACCUCAAUUUUACAAGAAUUUACUGACUUUUCAGUUCGCCAUUGAGCAACUGAACAAUGAUUCUUUAAUAUUACCGAAUCUCACAGUUGGAUAUCAUGCAUAUGACUCAUGUUCUGAUGGGAAUAAGGCGAUAAAAAGUGUAUUACAGAUAUUAUCAGGACCAGGACGUACGGUGCCUAAUUAUUCCUGUACAGAGCGGAGCAAAGUCAUUGGUUUUAUUGGCGAUCACCAUUCAAUAACAACUCUGCCAAUUGCCCAACUGUUAGCCGUAUAUCGGUAUUCACAGAUCAGCUACGGUGCAACAAAGUCUGUUUUAAGUGACAGACGUUUGUAUCCAACUUUUUUUAAAACUCUUCAAAAUGAUGGCAUUAUUUAUGCAUCAGUUUCUAAAGUUCUAGCAUAUUUUGGGUGGACGUGGAUUGGAAUAUUAGCCUCCAAUGAUGACAGCAGCGUCACAGAAGCUGCACUGCUGACAGAUUAUUUAACCAAAAAAGACAUCUGUGUCGCUUUCACCAUAAAAAUGAAUUUUGAUCUAAACAAUAAUAAAGGAUGUAUAACUAAAAAAUCUAUGGAAAUAAUUAGAAAUUCAACUGCCAAUGUGAUAGUUUUUUGUGGGACAUUUUCUCAGAUAUUCAUAAAAUGUCUAUCAGAAAUGCAAGACUCUCUCAGUGAUAGGACAAUAGUCCUGAAUCCUAAUUGGGCGAGUAACAAAUAUCUCUUUGAUCUUUUUGCCAAUCUACAUCACUAUUUGAAUAAGGUCACAUUUCAAUUUCAAGCUGGAUCACCUAUAGGUUUUAAUGAAAAUGGAGAAUUUGUCACUCCAUAUGGUAUUGUAAAUUGGAUAACAACAGGAACAUGGAAAGCGACAGUUAAACUUCUUGGUGUUCUACAUCCAUCAGCUAACGAAGAUCAGAAGCUUUGGCUCAAUGAAAGUGCAAUAACAUGGAAGAGCGGCGGACAUCAGAUUCCAGACUCUCGAUGCUCAAUAAUGUGUUUGCCUGGGAACAGAAAGAUCCCAAGACCCGGUUCAAAGCCCUGCUGCUGUGACUGUGUCCCAUGCUCUGAGGGAGAAAUAUCCAAUACAACUGACAGUGAAAAUUGCCAAAAGUGCCAGGAUGAUGAGUGGCCGAACGUAAAGAGGGAUUUGUGCGUUCCUAGAAAUGAAGACUUUCUGUCCUACACAAGUGAUUGGAUCUCUGCAGUAUUUAUUUCUGUCUCAGUUUUCUGCUUCUUUAUCACCCAUCUAAUAUUGGGGAUAUUUAUCUCACAUCGGCAUACACCUAUAGUAAAAGCUAAUAACAAGACCCUCAGCUUCCUUCUCCUAGUCUCCAUCAUGCUGAGUUUCCUCUGUGUCUUCCUGUUCCUUGGCCGUCCUGUGGAUGUAACCUGCAUGCUGCGUCAGGUCUCCUUUGGAAUCCUCUUCUCAGUAGCUGUCUCGUCUGUGUUGGCCAAAACUAUAAUGGUUUGCAUCGCUUUCACAGCCACCAAACCUGGCAGUGUGUGGAGACAAUGGAUGGGAGUGACACUGCCCAAUUGUGUUGUCUUUAUUUGUUCAUCUGUCCAAGUUAUAAUCUCUAUUAUUUGGUUGUCACUCUCUGCCCCCUUCCAGGAGCUGGACACACACUCCUAUCAGGGAAAGAUCAUCAUUCAGUGUAAUGAAGGCUCUGUGAUUGGGUUCUACUCAAUCCUGGGAUACAUGGGAAUUCUGGCUGCUGUGAGCUUUGUUACAGCAUUUGUAGCACGGACAUUACCGGACAGCUUUAAUGAGGCCAAGUACAUCACCUUCAGCAUGCUGGUGUUCUGCAGUGUCUGGGUUGCCAUGAUCCCGGCAUAUCUGAGCACCAAAGGGAAAUACAUGGUGGCUGUGGAGAUCUUUUCCAUACUGACCUCAAACGCUGGACUUUUAGUCUGUAUAUUUCUUCCCAAAUGUUAUAUUAUUUUAUGCAGGCCUGAACUGAAUACAAAAAUGUAUUUGCUUCAAAACAGAAAUAGACCUUUACCUCAAUUUUACAAGAAUUUACUGACUUUUCAGUUCGCCAUUGAGCAACUGAACCAUGAUUCUUUAAUAUUACCGAAUCUCACAGUUGGAUAUCAUGCAUAUGACUCAUGUUCUGAUGGGAAUAAGGCGAUAAAAAGUGUAUUACAGAUAUUAUCAGGACCAGGACGUACGGUGCCUAAUUACUCCUGCACAGAGCGGGGCAAAGUCAUUGGUUUUAUUGGCGAUCACCAUUCAAUAACAACUCUGCCAAUUGCCCAACUGUUAGUCGUAUAUCAGUAUUUACAGAGAACUAGAAGGAACUUGAAGAAGCAAUUGAUGGUAACCAAUGGCAAUCGGUACUUGAGACGUUUGAAGAACAAGAAGAUUCUUGAAGAAGCAAUCAAUGAACAUGUUGAGCAUGUCAUGUUAUAUGGACAGUUCACACUUACCUUUAAAGAUAUCUCAUUGUUGGUUGACUAUAAAGACAGUUCACUUACUUGGGCUGGAGACCUUCCAGUGCUCAGUAAUUCAUCCAGUGGGGAUAACAAAAUCUUUAUCCAAGAAAAAUGA